UUAUUAUAUUUACAAUGUAAAAUUAAAAUGCUUCUACUGAUAUACUAAAUAAACUUGUAAAUAAAUAUUCAAUGUUCAAAAAUGGGUUAUUGUUCUCCAUUGCCAACUUCAUUGUAGUUAAGUCGUUCACAAGUUUCUGGAAUUGAAAAAAAAUCUUGACAGCAUUUACAAGGUUUAUCAGCAAGGAUUUCUUGAGCAGUACAUUUAGGCAGGGGACAAUUAUUUACAUGUUUAAACUCUUCUUUUGUUUGUAGUUUUUUAGUAUUUACAGACGAAACUGUGAUGAUUAUUAUUAAAAACAAACAAAUGUUAAUGUUCAUAUUGAUUCGUUUAAUUUUUGUAGCAAUUUGUGUUCCAAUACUUAGAUAUCCAUUUAUAUAAUAAUGUAAUAAUCUAAGUUGAGAGAGAAUACAUGGUGUACCAUUUUAAAUUAUAGACGAUCGGUAUUAGAAAAUAAUUGGGAAUUUAAUUACAAGUGAUCUAAAGUAGGUCAUGAUUGACAAAGACAAAUAUAAGAGUCACAUUCAUGAUAAUUAGGAACUCCUCUGGAUAAAAUCCAAAUUGUCGAAUAUAUUAAAUUAUAAAGGAAACACUAUGUAUACCGAUAUCUAAAUCAAAAACAAUUUAUAAACAUUUUCACUAUUACAUUUAACUACACAAUCUCCCUACGUGUCAAUAUGAAAAUAUCAAAUUGCUUUGUUUUAACUGCAAUUUUAAUUAUUUCAGUAAGUGCCAAAAAACGUGACAAAUCUUCGACAGAACAUUGUUUUACUGAAACAGAAUGCAAAAAUAUAAAAUGUGACUUUAUACCUUGUCCAGCUAAUCAAUAUUUAGUAAAAGAACUAUGCAAAUGCUGUCCAGAAUGUCAAGUGGUUCCAAAAGACUGUCCAACAGCUGAGCAGUGUAAAAAAACCCAUUGUCAACCAGUGGUUUGCAAUGAUGAAGAGUUACUUAUUAAGCUUCCUUGUAGAUGUUGUCCACACUGUCUUACACUGCCUGUUCCGAGUUAUUGUCCAACAAACAAGGAAUGCGAAGAUGUCAAAUGUGCUAAACCAGCUUGUAUUAAGGGUUACCAAGAAGUGUAUUUACCUUGCAGAUGCUGUCCUGUUUGUAUCCCAAAAUGGCAUUAAGUAUGUAAAAUUAGUAAUAUGUAUGGCAAGUUUAAAUUUUUUCAACCUUAAUUUAUUUUUGUCAUUAAUUGAAAAGUCAUGAUAUACUUUAACUCUCACAAAUUUCACAUUUUAACAGACUUGAUCUUUUUUAUCUGCAUCCACCUGAUGAUGUCCCAACUAUGAUGGAACCUAUCAAAAAAUAUUUAGAAACAAGAUAUUCUUUAUUCCUAUUAGCCUCUAUAGAAUUUAUUGGAUCAAAAAAUAGUAAUUUUUUCUACAAUCACAUGGAUAUUAUCUAUUCUAUGCACACACUCAAACGAC